AUGAGAAUCCAGUAUUUAGGGGCUUGCACAGAAAGGCUCGUGUACACGUGCGGAUACGGUAGCAGCGGUGGAGUGAAAUCACUGAAACAGACAGAUAAGGGAAGGAUCCUACGGAGCAAAGUAACAGAUUGGACCGCUGCUGAAUCCGCUAUUAAGGCAGACCUAACUGUAGGUCCCGUUUCCUGGGCAACUCCUGGUACCUCAGCUGGUUUUUCUGUCCUGUAUAGUUUUAUCAAGCAUCGUCUCAAAGAUUACGGCUCCCUGCGAAACGACCCUAACAAGUCUGUUCUCAGCAAUCUCUCCCCUUGGUUACAUUUCGGUGAGGUACUAUAUAUUCUCAGUUCGAUCAUUUAG